AUGUCGUCGCAGCGAACACAACGUAAAAUCAUCAUCAUCGGCGGCACUGGAAAACAAGGUUCAGCUGUAAUCAAUGCUCUCUUGUCAUCAAAAUCUGCACCGUCACUCUACCUUGCCACACUCACGCGUAAUCCACAGGCGAAAAAAGCUCUCGAAUUGAAAGAGCGUGGAGUUGAAUUGGUGCAAAUUGAUCUAGACGAAGUGACCGUCGAUCACUCCGUUUUCUUUCAAUUGGCAGGUGCCGAUGGUCUCUUCGUCGCACAAGCUAUCUCAGACAAAGAAGUGGAAGAAGGACGUACGAUCAUCAAUGCAGCUGAAAAGGCAGGUGUUGAACAGGUUGUCUACUCAAGUGUUGGUCAAGCACACGAUGCACCUUACCCAGGCGCUCUAAUUCUUCGUUUCUCUAUCCUAGCACAAGCAUUUCUCAAUCCUGAAAAGUACGAUCGUCAAUCGAUUGAACUAGCUGCUGACAAAAUGAACGGACACCAACUAUCUCAAACAUUCAGCAAAGUGCUCGGGCGACCAAUGAAAUAUGAGAAAAUGAAGCCAAGAGAUGAAUCAUCUCGUCUAAUGGUACAAUGGAUUGAGAACAACAACUUUUUGGUUGAUGUUGAAGCGUUGAAGAAGGAGCAUGAGUUGAAUUUGAAGAGUGUUGAAGAUUUUAUAAAAGAUAAUAAACAUGUGUUUGAGUAG